AUGUAUGGAAACCCUUACGAAAGACCAUUUGACCCAUUGACUGGUGGAAGUAACUGGUAUCAUUACGGACGAAGAAGAAAGACAGUCAAGUUGGAGACAGACGUGAAGAAAGCAACUAAAAAGAAACCAAGGAAGAGAGUUAUAAAGCAAUGA